AUGAGCCGUGGAAUCAUCAGGGAAGCCAAGAAGGACCCACAGUAUGACAGGGUAAUGGCAUGGGUUGACUAUAAUCAAAAAACUCAGGAGAAUCAAAAACUCAACACCCAGAGAGAGGAGCUGGAAAAGUUGCUUGAGAGUUUGAAGAUGGGCGAGGCUGAGUUGCAGGAGGAAUUCAAUGCAAUGGCGUGAAUUCAGGCGCAUGAAAAAGAAUUCAAGCGCAAGAGAGACGCAGAAAAUAUCGUUGAUAAAGUAGAAAGAGAGAGGCAAGAGAAGCUCCAGAAGGAGGAGGAGAUCAAGAGGCUGCAGGAAGAGUACGCCAAACUGUUAAAUAAGAGACAGGAGCAGAAGAAGCUAGUGCAGGAAUAUGCCGUGUAUAAUGACUACAUGGAGAAAGUGCUGAAAUUAACACAGUUUAAGGAUGUUGAACAGCUCUACAAUAACUCUGACAAGCUCCAAAACAUGAAAGAGGAGAACCUCCAAACUCUAACUGAGUAUAGUUGCAAAAUCAUAGAGAAGAGAGAAGCCUUUCAAGCUCUGAAGAGCCAGUUUGAAAUUGAGGAGUCCAAAAGGAGUCGGGAGAAAGUCCAGCAGAAAUCCAAGCUGGAAAAGGCACACGCUGAAUACUGGGAAUGGAAAGGGAGGUACUCUGAAAUUAUGCAAACUGCUACAGAAGAGACAAUUGAGCUGGGAUCUAUCAUGUUCAGUGCCUUAACACACUAUAAGUUGACAGACGAGUACAGGGGAAACAUGUGCGAUAAAAAUGUGGGCUUCACUGACGCAGAAAAAAUGUUCGACAUAGUCAAAUAUUUCUAUCUUGAUUAUGAAGAAAUAUUGCGUCAUUAUGAUAGACAAAAGAUCAGCCAUGGAGGAGAGACAGCCAAAACCAAGGCUUAA